AUGAGUAAAGCGAAGUCAAAAAGAAAGGCCCAGGAGUCGCAGAAUGAUUCCAAUCCCAAAAAGCUGAAGAGCGCAACAGUUGUCACUCCUCCGCCAGAGACUGCAGCCCAUGAACCUAAGACUAUUCAGGCUAUUGGCAUCACCGACGACGACAUAGAACUGGCCAUUGAUACUCUCCACACCUUGGCGGAGAACCCAAUUGUCAUCAAAUCGAAAGCAUGCAGAGAGCUGAGGACAGCUGUGUAUGAGUUCCGCCAGGCUUGCACCACGGGCUUCAAUGCUGCUGUGGACACAAAUCUCACGGCACGUAUUAGCGGAGCUCUCGCAGAUGGAGGAUAUACAGAGGCUCGUAUUUUGCUUGCGGAGAUGCGGAUUAGGGGAAAGGCACCGAAGUUGGGAGCGCUGUGUCGAUGGGUGCGAGAUCUCGAUGUCGUCAGUGGACUGGCAGAACAGCUCAAGGGAGGGCAUAAGAGGUCACCGACAGAGGAGGAGUUGUUGAUAGUGCUUGAUGCCAUCUUACGACUGACUGGCCCGACCGACUACACAUCAGAGGGGACUAUGUCAGCAGGACCCAUUGUGCCGAGAAGUUUAUGGGAUCUGAGGAGUGCGUCUACAUCUAGCAAGGAGACUUAUGCCUCUGUUCGAGACGGCAGCAUUUUCUCUUCGUUGCCGGCAGACAUAAAGUCGGAAUUCCGGAUAAUCGAAGAGACACCGGGUCUGCUGCGGAGACCUGCGAAUUUACACCCUGCAAUACUUCAUGCCUCCAACGACGACGCUAUACCACUCUCUACAACCCCACCUAAAUCGAGCCAUCACAAACACCCUAUAGUUCCGAAUUUACAUCUGUUGAAGGAUAUAUUGUCACCCGAAGAGUGCACGAAGAUCAUUGCUGCGGCAGAAACGAUUGGCUUCACGCCAGAUGCCCCAAUACGUGCAGAAGGCGAAGAGAGCAGUAUUCUAGCCCACAAUUUCUACUGGAUUGUCGACAAUGCAUUCUGUGCGAAGUUGUGGGGUAGAGUCCAGUCUUUCGUGCCCAAAGAUGUUGGUGGGAAGAAAGUAAGAGGGUUGAAUCGCAGAUUCAGGGUAUACAGAUAUGUCCCUGGCGCUGAAUACCGAGCCCAUAUUGAUGGUGCUUGGCCACCUUCCGGCAUUGAUUCCAACGACAAGUACAUAUACGACUCGUCCCCGCCUACGGCGAAGCAAUCUUCGCUCUUCACAUUCCUCAUCUACCUGAACGAUGAAUUCGAAGCUGGGGAAACAACUUUCUUCCUGCCAAGCGCGAGAGAAGGCUCCAUGAAUGCAUAUCCCGUCAAGCCUAUUCAAGGUAGCGUGGCAAUGUUUCCACAUGGAGAGACUGAGGGCAGUCUAUUACACGAAGGGACUGGCGUUCGAAAGGGAGCUGCACCUUCGGCCAAGUAUGUCAUACGUACGGAUGUUGUGUACGAUGUCGAUCCUUAG